GCAGUGUCCGCCCGUCGGGUCCCGCUCUCGGCCGCUCCCGCCCCAGCGCCCGCCGCCACCGCCGUGUGUCCGGGCCCGGCCGCAGGCGCACAGCGGCGAUGCGGGGCCGCGGCGGCGCCGAGCCCUGACUAAAGAUGGCCGCGCUGCCCGGUGGGAACAUGGCGGGGGGCGGCCGGGGGGCGCGGGUGGAGCCGCUGCUGCCGCUGCCGCCGCCGCUGCUGCUGCUGCUGCUGCUGCUGCUGCUCGCCGCCUGUCCCGGCCCACGGACACCGGCAGCCGCCGCCGCCGCCGCGCCGCCCGCAGCGCCCAGCGCGGAGGAGACGGUGAUUAUCGGGCUGCGGCUGGAGGACACGGACGACGUCUCCUUCAUGGAGGGGGGAGCGCUGCGGGUGAGCGAGAGGACGCGGGUGAAGCUGCGGGUGUACGGGCAGAACAUCAACAACGAGACGUGGUCGCGCAUCGCCUUCACGGAGCACGAGCGGCGGCGGGGCGGGCGGGCGGCGGCGGGGGCGGCGGGGCGAGGAGGAGCGGGAGGCGGCGGAGCGGCGGGAGGCGGCGGAGCCCCGCAGCGCUGCGGCAUCCGAACGUCGGACAUCAUCAUCCUGCCGCACAUCGUGCUCAACCGCCGCACGUCGGGCAUCAUCGAGAUCGAGAUCAAACCGCUGCGCAAGACCGAGAAGAGCAAGUCGUACUACCUGUGCACAUCCGUGUCCGCCGCCGCGCUCGGGCCCGGGGCCGCCGGGAGGAUGGUGGACGCCGAGGGGCGGGACGGGCCCCCGCCGUGGGGAGAGACCGCGUGGAUCUACCACGACGGGGAGGACACCAAGAUGAUCGUGGGCGAGGAGAAGAAGUUCCUGCUGCCCUUCUGGCUGCAGGUGAUCUUCAUCUCGCUGCUGCUCUGCCUCUCGGGCAUGUUCAGCGGCCUCAACCUGGGCCUCAUGGCCCUGGACCCCAUGGAGCUGCGCAUCGUGCAGAACUGCGGCACCGACAAGGAGAAGAACUACGCCAAGCGCAUCGAGCCCGUGCGCCGCCAGGGCAACUACCUGCUGUGCUCCCUCCUGCUGGGCAACGUCCUGGUCAACACCACGCUGACCAUCCUGCUGGACGACAUCGCCGGCUCGGGGCUGGUGGCCGUGGUGGUCUCCACCAUCGGUAUCGUCAUCUUCGGCGAGAUCGUGCCGCAGGCCAUUUGCUCUCGGCACGGCCUGGCCGUGGGCGCCAACACCAUCUUCCUCACCAAGUUUUUCAUGAUGAUGACCUUCCCGGCCUCCUACCCGGUCAGCAAACUGCUGGACUGCGUGCUGGGCCAGGAGAUCGGUACGGUCUACAACCGUGAGAAGUUGCUGGAGAUGCUGCGGGUCACCGACCCUUACAAUGACCUGGUCAAGGAGGAGCUCAACAUCAUACAGGGAGCCCUGGAGCUGCGCACCAAGACGGUGGAGGACGUGAUGACUCCGCUCCGAGACUGCUUCAUGAUCACCGCCGAGGCCGUGCUGGACUUCAACACUAUGUCUGAGAUCAUGGAGAGCGGCUACACCCGCAUCCCCGUUUUUGAGGGCGACCGGUCCAACAUCGUGGACCUGCUCUUCGUCAAGGACCUGGCUUUCGUGGACCCUGACGACUGCACUCUGCUCAAGACCAUCACCCGCUUCUACAACCACCCGCUGCACUUCGUCUUCAAUGACACCAAGCUGGACGCCAUGCUGGAGGAGUUCAAGAAAGGCAAGUCUCACCUGGCUAUAGUACAAAGAGUAAACAAUGAAGGAGAAGGGGAUCCUUUUUAUGAAGUCCUGGGAAUUGUCACUUUAGAAGAUGUGAUUGAAGAGAUCAUCAAGUCAGAGAUUCUGGAUGAAACAGAUCUAUACACUGAUAACAAGACGAAAAAGAAAGUAGCUCAUCGAGACAGGAAGCAGGACUUCUCUGCCUUCAAGCAGACAGACAGCGAGAUGAAGGUUAAAAUAUCACCGCAGCUCCUCCUGGCAAUGCACCGCUUCCUGGCAACAGAAGUAGAAGCCUUUGGUCCAUCCCAGAUGUCAGAGAAGAUCCUUCUCAGGCUGCUAAAACAUCCCAACGUCAUCCAGGAGCUGAAAUUCGACGAGAAGAACAAGAAAGCCCCAGAACACUACCUCUACCAGCGAAACAAGCCUGUCGACUACUUUGUUCUCAUUUUACAGGGGAAGGUGGAAGUGGAGGCUGGGAAGGAGGGGAUGAAGUUUGAAGCUGGUGCUUUUUCCUACUAUGGGGUGAUGGCCCUCACAGCAUCACCAGUUCCCUUGUCCCUGUCUCGUACCUUUGUUGUCAGCAGAACAGAGUUGUUAGCAGCAGGUUCUCCAGCUGAAAACAAGUCUCCACCUCGACCCUGCGGCUUGAAUCACUCAGACUCUUUAAACCGAGGUGAUCGCAUCGAUGCGGUGACACCAACGUUAGGGAGCAGCAACAACCAGCUGAAUGCAUCCUUCCUGCAAGUGUACGUUCCAGACUACUCAGUGAAAGCACUCACAGACAUUCAGUUUGUCAAGAUCUCAAGACAGCAGUACCAAAAUGCCCUGAUGGCAUCCCGGAUGGACAAAACACCUCAGUCCUCGGACAGUGAAAACACUAAAAUCGAACUGACUCUUACGGAGCUGCAUGACGGUUUGCCGGAUGAGACAGCAAACCUGCUGAACGAACAGAACUGUGUGACUCACAACAAGCCCAACCACAGUAUGCACAGUGAAGGAGCCAUCUAGGAGCUGACUCCCCGCAACCCACCCAUCCCAUCUCCUCAGCAGGACCAGCCCUCGCUCCUUCCUGUCUCCUCCCCAAGUGUGACACCGUUAGUACGUGCUUGCGACACUGAGCUGCAUCCAGUGUUCUGAGACCAAAGACUUUUGCGUCCGUUGUGGGAGCAAGAAGAGGAAGAAACAGGAAGAAAGGAGCAAAGAGCAAGACAGAGAGACUGAAGCCCCAAGUGUACUUUGGGAAUGGUGAGCCACCCUUGAGAACAAUGAUAAUACUUCUCGCAAAGUAGAAUCGUGUUUAUUUUUUAUCUGUAUUUUUGAUCCUCGUUGGGUUUUUCCUCCUCAGACACAUCUGGAGAAGUUUAAAAACUGCUCCGGUUAUUUUUUCAAGAGAGAUCAUGUUUUUGAAGAGUAUUUUGCAGAGUUUUAAAUUGUUUCUGUCCCUCCCCAACCUCAAAUAGGCUCCGUCGUGGUUUUGUGCGUUGGCUCUGAUGUCCUUAGGCCUCUUUUCACCUCUCUCUGUUCCUUUUUGUUGCCACGUCGAAGAAGUUAGUAACUGGUACUUGUAUGUAUUUGUGUCCUAAGAAUGAGUGAGCGAGCUUCAAGGAACCUCUGGUUUCAGCCUCCUGGAGGAUCACGGGAUGAGUAUUAUUCCAUUCUUGCAGUAAAGUUUCAGGGAAGGAGCAGUUGUUUUAAUGUUUAAUGAUCUCUCAAAUUUCAGAAGGUUUAUCUGUAAAACAGGCAGACGCGUUGUUAUUCUCUACAGCUUUGUGACCUCCGAAAACUUGGUGUACGUUGAAGAUGAUUCUGGGGGGAUGGACUCACUCAAUUAGCAAAGCUGUGGUCUCGUGAGAUGAAAGCUGGGUGUAAUGUUCAAUACCAAAGUCACCGGGUGGUUUUCUGUUGACACUCCUGACAAUGGCUUGGUGAAGUGAUGCGUGCGCCCAAAACCAACUAACUUUUAAGCACCCACGUGUUGUAGUGGUCUGUACACCGUUACCUCGGCCAGGGGCAGAUUGCAGUGUUUGUUAGUAACAGCGUACAGCAGUCCUUAUCCCUCCCUCAGAUCACUAGUGUUAACACAAAAGAUGCUGCUACAGUUAUGCCCAAAGUACAUCCUCCAGGUGACAGAAAACCUCGGCCAGCACAAGGACAGCUCUGCUGAGGAGUUGGGACCAUCCUGUCCUCUCCAGGAACUGAUGACAACUUUCCAGACAUGAGUGUAUUGCACUUCAGGGAUUCAGAGAGGUUCAUUCCCAGGCUGUUCCCAGCCACGUUCCUUCCAGUGGGUGGUUUCGGUGCAUUUCCUUCUCUCUGGCCCCUUUUAACAGCCAUUUUAGGGGUGACCGUGGUAGCAGAGCAGGGAGCCUCCUGCCCAGGUGCCAUCGUUGUGGGGCAGCAGGAGCCAGGUCCUCCACCCCAAAGCCUGAACGCAGCCUGGGUGCAGCAAGGGGCACCUGUGGCAGUUGUGCGUUGCAUGUUCCCCAGUCCUAUGAAUGGAGCUUAAGUCUUCAAAUGGAAGAAAACAAAACAAAACAAAAACAUUCCCCCCUCCUUAUCCUCUCCCGUUCCAGUGCUGUCUCAAACAAAAUGUGAACGUUGCCCUCAGUAUUAAUGCAAGCAGAAACCAAUAAACCAGGCAUUGUGAUUUCUCUGUUCCAAGCCCCUGAUUAUGUAGCAUCUCCUUUCCUUACUUUGCACCCAGAUAGUCUCCCCUGACCCCCAGAGAAGCCCCAAAUGCAACUGCCAGAGCUCUGUGCCUACCUGAGUUAGAGGUGCCCCCCUCAGCGCCCUUGGUGAAUGUCAGCUGGAAAGGCAAAACACUGCAGCAGCAACUCCCUGCAGGAAACAGGUUGUGCAGCCCUGGGGCAGGCUUGGGGCCACAAAGCAAGGCCCCGAGGCUUAACUCCUUUAUCAGCUUUGUAUUAGCACGUUCUGGGUCCUGUCUAAAAGCCACCACUCUGAGGCGCCCCACACUGCACCAAGAGCUGUCAGUGUUGCACCUUUCUCCCAGAGCAAAGCGUUGAGAUGUGGCGGUGUUUGCCUUGGCACGGUGAGCCCCUUGCUGUGCUGCUGUUCCUAUAAGUGUUACUGAAUGUAAAGGUUUGUUGGAAGUGACCGACACGGUGGUGAACCUGAGAUGCAGUAUCUGUUCUGUAAAGCCUGCCAAAGGAGGGGAGGCUCAAAGUGGGAGGCUGCCCACUGGGUGUGAGUUCUGCUGCUUAUGGCAGGUGAUGGAUUUGUUGGAGUGUCUGUUUCCAUUCAAAAACAACAACAAAAAAACCCAAAAAAGCCAAAAUUUCCUACCAAAGCCUUAUGAUCCCAAAGGAAAUACCUCCUGCUUCAGCCCAUGCUGCACUGAUCACAAAUUUCCAGGCCCUUUAUUUUGUAUUUUUUGCAUGACUUUUUCAUCAUAUACGCAGAUCUGAUCAUGGAAAGUGAAAUGAUUUCCAGAAAACUAGUUGUUUGUAGAUGUGUUCCGUAUGGAAAUUAUGUGCCUGACCCAGAGGGGUUGGGAGCUGCUACUAUAAAUUAGCUUGAAGUGCAAGGCAUGGUCCGCACAGCGGAGGGGAAGGAAUCCUAUCUCCCUGUUCUCAGGGGAUUUGCAGUCUUACUGCUCCACAAAGGCAAAGGGUUCCCAGCCCUGUGCUAGCAGCCAGCACAAGCAGAGGAGCCCCGUUCAUCUCAGAUAGCUCUGGAGCUCGGCUCUCCCCACCAGGGUGGAAAAGCUGUGGCUCUGAGCAGUGCCAGCACUGGGUCAGGUUACCCAGGCUCACUGCUGGCUUCUUUGUUCAGGUGGGCUCAGAUGCCACAACCUGUGCCACUUGUGGUGGAGCAGCAGGUCAGUGCGGUGGCUUGGGGCACUGGUGGUGGCUUUGGGAGUUGUUGGGCUUGGCCUCAGACCUCGGCAAGGCUUUGGCUUUCAGAAAGGAUACUGCACCUUCCCGUGUCAGCUCUGCUGCCACCGAGCUCACUGUGUCUGUCAUGGGGCGGGUGGCAGCCUGGGGGCCGGGAGGGCAUCUGGCCAUGGUUUCUACUGUCAAUACAAUUUUGCACAAAGAGUUCUUUGAAGUGACAUUUUAAACACUAAUAUCUUAAAUGCACAACUGUGAAUUAUAACUUUUACACUCCUGUUGGUUGAAUUUCCUUUAAAGAAAUGAACCUGAAUCUGUUGUAACUAUGAUUUUAUUUUAUUUUAUUUUAUUUUUUAAAUUCUGUGUAUUGCCAAAUCUUUGUAAAGAGUGAAGGAAUGUUCUUGCUUUCCAAUGAGAAUCAUUCUCCAAACGAGACUGGCUCUGGUGACAUGGAGAUCAUACGAAGCAUGUGGCUGAGCACAGAGGGGCUCGGGUGGGCACAGUGAGACACCUUGGCCUCUGGAGCUGAUGGAGUGCUCUGGUUCGUCCCCUUGCUUGGACUCCAGCUCGUCUGUUGUCCCCAGGGCUCAGGAUGAGGUUUCCCAGGGGUGAGAGCUCGGGGGCAGGCCAUGCCCUGGCGGUGCCACCAGCAGCUCCUGUCCUCCCCACGGCUUCCCUCCCCUGCUCCAGCCGUGCCCCAGCUGUGUCCCUGCUGCCCCUCGUGCUUUUGGUGCCCUGACACACACACAUGGCGCUGCUCUGGACCCCCCUGCGUGGGGCUGAGGCCUGCAGGCCUUGGGCUGCACUCCACAGUCUGUCCCCCCUCUCUUCUACACUUAUCCCUUCCUCACUGUAGGGUUAUUAUCACUUUUUAUUCUUCUUUUCUUUAAGUGCCUUUUUGAGUGGGUGGAGCAGGCACCUGCAGGAAGCUCAGCUGCCCGUGACACCCACGGACACAUCGCCCUGUGCUGCUCCCCAGCUGCAGGCCCAGUUCCAGAGGUGAGGUUGGCACUGGUGGGACUCUGGCCCAGUUCAGCUCAGAGGAAAGGAAACCAGAGGCGGCUCUGUGAGGGGCUGCCCCCCAGCGAACAUCCUGUGUAAGUACCCCGUCCUAAGGAGAGCACGGCCACCUUCUCCAGGACUGCUUGGGAUGUACAUCUUCCUUGUGCUGAAAUUGGCUGUAGAGAUCGUUCCCACAUGAAAGAUGUAUCAUGUUUUAUAUGCUGUCUAAUACACGUCUGUGGUUUUAAAACCAGUGCCUAUGUACCAGUUGUUGCAUUAUCCAAUGUCUGGAUUGCCAGUAGGAAGCUGGGGCUGGCGGGUGGGGAGCAAUCUGUAGUGAGAGAGAUAGUGCCAAAGAAGUGCCUGGUUCAUGGAUACUGAGGGUUAAUUGUUGCUGAACCAACAAUCUUAACAAAUGGGAGUGGAAACCAGACGUCAUUGCACAGCAUUGAAGAGGGAGCAGCCUUCAUCCUGACCUGAUGCAGAGGACAAGCCCUGCACUGCUCUCCAGUGUCCUCGGUCCAUCAGCUGCAGGGCCCUGCACUGUGACCCCCAACACAGCACCAGCACAGGGGGACACAGACCUGCUCGGUGUUCUGCUCUCAUCCUGGAGCUUGUCCUCCUGGUCCUCUGUUUCCAAUUCCAUGGCCUUGUGCUAGAGGCUGUGCCCAGCUGAGGGGACACGGCUGCCUGCUGCAGAUCCACAGUGGGACGGCUGAGCUUCUCAGGUUGGAUUUGUGUAGCUGCCGUUGUGUUAGGAGGUGGAUGUGGGCCCUGGGCAUGUUCCCCAGAGCAGGCCUGGGUGCAGGUGGUGAAGGAAAGGUUUCAUGGGUCAGUAGCAUCAAACUCUACCAAAGUGACAUUGUCCUUUUUGUUAUCCUUGUGUCAGACUAUAGAGGUUUUGCACCUUGCAGAUAAGGUACUUGAGCUACUGCUUUUCUGGUUACAGUUGAAAAAUGUUGUGAUCUCUCCUGAGGUUUUCCUUCGGGUACUGGUUUCCUUCAAGUAGGGCCAAUAAUGGAGUCCUCCAGAGCUCAGUUCCUGAGCACUUCUCUUUUAGUCUUUCCCCCAGGUGGGCUUGGGCUGAGGGGGCAGAGCAGGGCAUGCAGCAAAAGCUGUGGUAGCUCCAGUGCUCAGGAAGUGGCUUUGAUGUUUCUAUGAUCAUCUGUUCUCCCCCCCAAAUCAGGACAGGAGUUGGCUGAGCAGUAGGGUUGGUUGGGGAGGAAGGGCUCAUCCCAGCACUCAGUGCUUGGAGGAGGGGUCUGGCAUCGCCUUUCUGCUGUUUGGAGACCACAGAACUUUAUAAAAGGAAGUUUUGAUCCUCUGGGGUUGGCUGUUGAACCCAGUCCCUCUGAAUUCGAGUGAGAGAACUCUGGGGGUCAGACGAGCAGCCAAAGGCCUUUUGUUGGAUGUGCCAAUACUGAAGGAAUGCCUUCGGGUUUUGUCCAAAGACCAUUGUGGGAGUACGGCAGGGCUCCUGGUGACUGCUCUGCAGCCAGGCCUGGAUCCGCUUUACCUGCUAUGGGUGCUCUGUGUGCCCUCAGCUUUGCACCUGGAUGCCAAACAGAUUGAAUCCAAAAUCUCAAAUACUUGAGGGCACCUUCCUGUGUCACCGGGAAACCACACCGAGCUGCUUCUCUGCAGCCAGUGGGCUCUGAAACCAAACCUUUCUCCUGCAUUUGGGAGCAUGGCACAAAGCCUCAGCCCGGCUGAGCCCAGCGCUCCCCUGGUCUCUCACGUCCCAUUGCCCAUCACACGUGGUCUGUGCUGGUUGUAUCAUAUUGUACAUUAUGUCGGGUCUCCGGAGUUGUAGUGUUCUGACUACAGUGUUUCCAUGCGUGUACAUAAACCCGAGUAAGCACAACCGAAAUCGUGAAUGAAGUGUAUACGUUUCAUAUACUGAUUGUCAUACAAAUGAAUUUUAUAAUUAUUUCUAAUUUUGUUGUAGAUUUCCAACCUUUCCUAUUUAUUUUGUACCUGAUUUAUUUGUAUAUGUUGUGAUUUUGUUUAAAAGCGUUUUGUUUAUUUCUGUUCUUCUAGAUAAAUGAUGAUUUUGUUUCUGUUGGACAUUGCGGUUUAUGCAUUUUUCCCUCCUCCGUUCCUCCCCCCUAUUCCAAAGGGCCGGCUCUUGGCAUGUGGGUGGGGGGAUGAUGGUGGUGACCCCAGCCCCAGCUCUCUGCUGACCAGGAAUUGCUGUUGGCACCGGGCAGUCUUUACCUCCUCAGCAGUAGUUGGGAGCCACAAAGAAGCCAGAUCCUGUAGGGCCAGGUUGUGUUCUUUGCAUUGGAGUCUGGGGGCCAUCCAUUUGUGGGGGGGGAUGAAGGGGCAAAGGCAGCGGUGCCUCAAUGCUGAUGGCCUUUUUCUUCCUCUAAUAAAAGUCCCUUAUUUACAACA